AGGGGGAGUGUGUCUGGGGGCCCCCCGGGUGGGAUGCUCCGCACAGACCCCCACGGUCGCGUUAAAUGAGCCCGGAGAGCGCGGAGCAGCAGCUCAAGCAGCGGCGGUGGGGAACGUUCUUGCUGAAGGCACCCAAAGAUCUCCACACCAUGACUCUGGCUGCAUACAAGGAGAAGAUGAAGGAGCUGCCUCUCGUCUCCCUCUUCUGCUCCUGUUUCCUCUCAGACUCCCUGAACAAGCCAGCCUACACCUAUGAAGACACAGUGGACCUCACCUGGUGUGUCAUCUCUGACAUGGAAGUCAUCGAGCUCAACAAGCGUGCCUCGGGACAGUCGUUCGAGGUCAUCCUGAAGCCGCCAUCGUUCGACGGCAUCCCCGAGUUCAACGCCUCCCUGCCCCGGCGGCGCGACCCGUCCCUGGAGGAGAUACAGAAGAAGCUGGAGGCAGCAGAGGAGAGAAGGAAGUACCAAGAGGCUGAGCUGCUGAAGCAUCUGGCGGAGAAGCGGGAACAUGAGCGGGAGGUCAUCCAGAAGGCCAUCGAGGAGAACAACAACUUCAUUAAAAUGGCCAAAGAGAAGCUGGCACAGAAGAUGGAGUCCAACAAGGAGAACCGCGAGGCCCACUUAGCAGCCAUGCUGGAGCGCUUGCAGGAGAAGGACAAACACGCGGAGGAAGUGAGGAAAAACAAGGAGCUGAAGGAAGAAGCCUCCAGAUAAAGAGGAGAUGGUUGGACUGACGGCUCCGGGGAGGUGGCGGAGGCUGCUGCAGCGCAAGGUCCGGUGGUGUGGAAGAGUGGAAGUUCCUCUGCUUUCUUUGUUUGUGAAUGUAAAGAGUUGACCAGUGAAGCCAUCCUAUUUGUUUUGGGGAGGGUGGGGAGGGAGGAGAAAGGAGGGAGGGUGGGCGGGAGGGUGCCAGCUUCGGGAUGUCCACCUCCUUGGUGGGUCUCGUGCACUGCUGCCCGUCAAACAGGUCUGGAGGAGACAGCCAAGGGCUGGUGAAGCAGAGAAGGUGACCCCCACCCCCCUCCAGCAGGGAAAAGCUGGGGGUGGGGGGAUAUGGAGUAGGUAGGGAGGGAAAUGGGGGGGGAGGGGGAAAUGUGCAUCGUGUGUGACUUUAAUUUGGUGCUGGGCAGGCAGGGUGGGCAGGUGGGCAUCCCUCUGAUUUCUUUCUUCUCCUCUGGCCCACCCCAUCAAUGGGCAAUAGAAUCUCUUGGUGUCCUUCCACCCCUUUGCCCUGCCAGGAUUCAGGGCCUCUUGCCCAGAGUGGGUAUUCUUUGGCCAUAGACCUUACAGAACCAUUGUGGGGAAGAGAGAGAUUUCCGUCCUCCCCC